AUGUUGAUGACCGAUACCUUUACUGCAGCUCAUGACAAUUUAAUUAAAAAUCAUGGAACACCGGGAUUAUGGUUUGCUCAUACAGCUGAUCAUUGUGAAACACCGCCGAAACCACGUGUACGGCUUGAUGCCAUUGGAAUAGCUGAUCGUAAUAAAAAGCACCUGACAACAGCGGAAAUUAGUGGAUUCGUGAAUGAUUUUUCAAAUGCUGGAACCAAUUUCUCAACUGAUGAAACAAACAUAGAACAGAAACCACAAUUACGUUUAAGAACACCAGAAGCAUAUGGUAUCGCACAAAAACCACCUAGAAUAGGAACUGGAGAACUUGCCAAAGCUAUUUUAAAGAAUAUGACACAAGAAUGUGAUUGGUUUAAACAUAAACCAUUUAGUCAAUUAAACGGUGAAAUAACUUCUGCUAAAAAAAUAUCAUCCAGUUACAGCCGGCGUAAUGAAAUGAACAAUUGGUUUACACAUUCACAAACGAAAGAACCUUCAAGUCACUCUACUUCUAACUAUCCAGUUCGUUCAAGAGUAAAGUAUGAAGGUGUAGAAUAUGCAAUAAGAGAUCGUGGUUUAGACGAUUUGCUUAGCAUGAAAAUGUCACCUAACGAACUUUAUAGCUCAGUUCCCUAUGGAUGCCCAACUAAGGAGGCACAAACAAUGCUCAGUGGCAGAAAUUCACAACAGACGAAUAUUGAUAACCACUCGUCUUUGUUAACUCGACCACAUUCUGCAACUGUCCGAGGAUCUGAUGCUGAGCAGUGGAGACUACUUGGUCGCGAUGGACACAUAAGUAAUUCUAUGUCUUUAAAAGCUGAAGAAGACCCUUCAAACAUUGUGCAUCAUCGUGUUCGACCAGAUGGUGAAAUCAUUUUAGAGAAAUCUGUUUCUGGUUCUCAAGUUAUUGAUUGCCUGAAUAUGUGCAAUAAUAAUAAAGACGACAGUAGUACUGCCUUUUCAGGUUACCGUCUAAGAACUGAAGAAGCUCUUGAAGCUAUGAAAAGAAACCAAGGUCAAAUGUCUGACUACUUAGGUAGUAAAGCAAGUUCAGUAACAAAAUGUUAUGGAAGAAAGUUUCAGAUUCGUGCUGUAAGAGGAUCAGAAGCACAUGAAGCUGCAUUGAAUAAUAAAGGUUCUGCCAUGAAAGAAUUAAUCACUCAUGAUCAUCUACCUCCCAGUCCUAUUGGAUGUGGAUUUGCUCAUGUUAGUCAAGAAGCCCAGGAAACUGCUAAUCUAAGCCGUACAGGUAUGAUUUCUGGUUUACUUGGUGGUCCUUCAAUGUCAAAUAUUCCACUUGUUGGAGUUGAAGCACGUCCACAAAGACAUGUUCAAUAUGAAGCUAUUGAAUAUGCCAAUCGUGAUCAAGGCCAAGAAAUGAAAAGCAUUUUAACACAGAAUUGGAAAUAA